GCCAUCUACGAAUAUUUGAAUAAAAAAUUAAACAAUCUUUCCUGUUUUAUUACAUCUUUCAUCUUAUAUUGUAUAUGGUUUUAACUCCUCCAGAAAAGAGUAGAGGAAGCGUUCUUUUAAGAUAUUUUUUCAUAAGAACAAUUAUGGCGGAAGCAGAUGAAACCCAGAAGAAAAAGAGGACCUUUAGGAAGUUUACCUUCCGAGGAGUUGAUCUUGAUCAACUCCUGGAUAUGCCAAAUGAACAACUUAUGGAUUUGAUGCAUGCACGUGCUCGUAGACGUUUUUCUCAUGGUUUGAAACGUAAAUCUAUGGCACUUGUCAAAAAAUUGCGUAAAGCAAAGAAGGAGACACCUCCUAAUGAAAAACCUGAAAUUGUAAAAACACAUUUGCGUAACAUGAUUAUUGUUCCAGAAAUGGUAGGUUCCAUUGUAGGUGUUUAUAAUGGAAAAACUUUCAAUCAAGUGGAAAUCAAACCAGAAAUGAUUGGUCAUUAUCUUGGAGAAUUCUCGGUUACUUACAAACCGGUAAAACAUGGAAGGCCUGGUAUUGGUGCUACUCAUUCUUCAAGAUUUAUUCCAUUAAAAUAAUAUGUAUUUUUAAGAUAAUAAAAUAUUGAAAUACUUA